AGCAACACAAGCAAUGGAGGGUAGACCCGGCAGGGGCCGUGGAGGUCACUGGAAAAGAGGUGGUAGCGGCGGUGCAAACGACGCUGGGAGUUUUGGAGAACGGAGAGGUCGUGGACGAGGUGGUCAUCGUGGAAGAAGCAAAAGGGAUCAUUAUCGCGGAAGAGGGCGCGGUGCAUCCGAUGGUGCUGCAGACGUUUUUCGCCGGGGUCAAGAUGAUGAGAAUGAAAAAGAAAACUAUGAAGAAGAGAUAUCAGACAUCUAUUCCAGAAGGAAACUGGAGUCUAAUUGGGAUCGUUAUGAGGAGUCUGAGAAAGAGGAAGUCAAUGAUGGUGUCCCAGUACAGAGAGGAACAGACUACCAUGUUCUCCUCAGUUCAGCUGGUGACUCCUUCACUCAGUUCAGGUUUGCUGAGGAGAAGGACUGGGAGGUAGAGUCACUAGCAGCCAGUCAGGUGCCUGCUAUCGUUGUGGACCUGGAAGUUUUGGCCCAGUCUCUUCAGGAGCUUUCAAUGCACAAAAGGCUAAUCCUGGAGGCUGAUAUUGUUCAGGAGUCAACCCCAGUAGAACUUCCUUCAGUAGGGUUGCUGAACAAAGUAGAACCCAGUGCAACAGGUGGAUUUAAGCCUCCUGCUCCAUCAGACAUCUAUCGAGAGCCAGGCCUUGGAGGUCCUCGCCCUGUUGAGACCAUUUCAGAUCCUGGCAUGUCCUCUCAGGCUUCCACUGCAGUUGGGGUUCCUGUGGAUGAUGCUGAUGAGGAGCUGGAUCUUCUCCUAGGUCUGCAUAAACCUGUCGCAGAGCUUUCUUUAGCUGAGUUGAAGACCUCAGGUGCUGUAGAGGAAGUGCCUGUUAGUCCGGAGAAAGCAGAGAAGAUGGAAGAUCUAGUUGAAGUUGACCAGUUGAUGGCAGAAGAGGAGCCCAAGCAGAAAGCAGAAGAGCUGAAGCAUGAAGCUGACUCAGGCAAGCAAGAGAUGACUGAAGAGGACCUUGAGGACUGGCUAGACAGCAUGAUCUCCUGAACAACAAAAAAAACUACCUGAAGCCUUGUUCUGAAAGUUCUGAAAGGCAUUUAGUUCCCUGGAUGCUGAAACAGCAUGUCUUUAAGAUGUGCAAAUACUGGCAUGGUUCUGAUAAUGGCACCAUGUCUGUCAUCGACAUCAAAUCUCUGGACGUCAGUGACGAUGUUAACAUACAGCAGAUGUUCAAUAUAUAAUUAAAAGAGCCAGGUGUGGGGCAUAAACAUUCUAAUUUUUCCAUUGAAAAAAAAAAAUUUGUACAGUUGUAUAACACUUCUUAAAAUUACUUGAGUGAAUUUAGUGAAUAACAGGUGAGCUUUAUUGCAUUGAUUACUUUAUUGUCUUUUUCCCCCUCCCCAAAUAAAUACAGUUCAGCAAAGCUUCUACAUA